CUGGACCUAAGACUCAAAUCAAUCUCAAACCCCCAACCAACCAUUUCAGUUAUGAGCAGAUUCAUGUUUUCUCUUUGUAUUUUUGGGAUUUUUCUCUUUUGUCACAGUGUUUCUGCCAGAUUUACUGAUGAUUUACAACACAACAGGUCUAAUGCAUCUUCAAGACGGACUAGAGGAGUGAACACCCCCAAUCCUAUUGACUGUAAACUCAAGAGUUGGUCGCAGUGGUCACCUUGUAACUCAUGCAGAGAGAGGACGUUUCGCUUCCAGUAUCUGGAACGGCCCUCUCAGUUUCAGGGUCAGCAGUGUGUGCACAGUCAGUGGGAUGAGAGACUGUGUCCACAAGAGGGCAAGUGUGAGCCUCAAGACCACUGUGGGGACAUGUUUGCAUGUGGGCCCAAUGGACGUUGUAUCGGACAGGAGCUCCGUUGUAAUGAUGAGAUGGACUGUCUAACACAGAAUGAUGAGACUGACUGUGAAGUGACAAAUAAAAGAGAAACCAAAUGUACUCACAUGCUGAUAAUACCAGGAGCUGAGAAAGCCACUCAAGGAUAUAAUGCCUUAUCUGGUGCUUUUGUAAAUCAUGUUCUGGACCCCAAAUACUCCGGAGGUAUUUGUGAAUACAUCUAUAAUGGAGAGUGGCGAAAACUCACGUAUGAUCCCUUCUGUGAACACCUCAGUUAUGAUGAUGAGGAAAUGUAUUACCGGAAACCUUACAACUUCCUCUCCUAUCACUUAACGGCACAAGCAACUACUGAGGAGGCAUCCGAUUAUUAUGAGGACGUUGUCAGCUUUCUCAAGGCAAAACAGACAGAAAGAUCCUUUAACUUUGGAACAACGUUUGGAGUCGCUAUAGUGGAAGUUGGUUGGGAAGCCAGUUUUGAAAACAAGUUUCUAACAAACAUAUCACAAUACAAUAGUGAGGAGAUGGGUUUUGUCAGGCUGUUGUCAACAGUAAAAACAGCUCAGUUUAAGAUGAGGAGUAAAGAUCUGAUGCUGGACGAGGACGUGCUCUGGGCUCUCACUGAUCUACCUGAUGAGUAUGACUUCGGUGCAUAUUCCCAUUUCUUCAAUGAAUAUGGCACACACUAUGUGACGGAGGGAACGAUGGGAGGGCAACUGGAUUAUGUUGCAGUCGUGAACAAGAAUGUUAUGAAAAGAAAUGAAAUGCAUGGACAACAGAUGGGAAUGUGCCUUGGAGGGUCUUUGAGCGUGGGAUUCAAUGAUUAUGUCAGCGCUAAAGGUUCCAUAAAAGGAUGCAAAAAAUAUGGGACAUUGGAUCAAAUCGGUGAUGAAUCCAAAAGUGCUAUUGAGGAUGUCUUUGGCUUUGUGAAGGGUGGAUACACAGGCACCAGCAGUGCAAACUUGGCUAUCAGGGAUGCCAGAAGUUACAAGAACUGGGGAAAGAGUCUUAAAUAUAACCCUGCACUAAUUGAUUUUGAGAUUCUACCAAUAUAUGAGUUGGUGCGUUUAAGCACGGCAGCCGAGCAGCUACGUUUAAAACUGCCCCACCUGAAGAUGGCAUGGGAGGAGUAUAUACAGAACUUCAACCCAUGUCACUGUGCCCCCUGCAUGAAUAACGGAGUUCCUGUGCUCUCCAGGACAGCUUGCAGUUGUAUUUGUAAAAGUGGUUACGUUGGUGAUGCCUGUGAGGAGACUAAGAGACAAGGUCCUACACAUGGAGUCUGGAGCUGCUGGAGCUCCUGGUCCCCCUGUGUGUCUGGAAAAAAGACAAGAACACGACAAUGCAACAACCCCCCACCAAAAGAUGGUGGUUUUCCUUGUCAAGGAAGCAGUGUUCAGAACAGGAAUUGUUAAAACUCUGCUAGUCUCAUGUUGACAAGUGUCUUGUCUUACUUUACAUGAAGAUAAUACAAGUUCUGUCUGCCUUAAA